AUGGACAAGAAGCUUGGGAUUAAGAAACCUCUUAUACAAUUGAAGAAAGGAAGCAAUCAACAAAAGAUAUCGCCACCUCUCACUCUGACAAAGAAAAGGAGCUUGCAUGUGCAAUUAUUCUCAGAAGCGGCAUAUCUUGGCUUUGUACGUUCAUUGGAUUUUCGGGGAAGUAUAGAAACAAAAAUGGUGUCACCCAAGACAGAUUAUGUUGCCUAUUUGGUGUUCAAAUUGGUAGAUACGUCCAAUGGACUUGAAUCUGCUAAUUUAACCAUUAUGUCUGUUAGUUAUAAAGCUGAAACUGCGACUGAAGAACAAGGCAACAUUGUGCAGCUAAUUUCAAAAUUUCCCAAACUAAGAGGAGAUGGAUGGAUGGAAAUAGAAUUGGGAAAUCUUAAUAGCAAGGAAGGCAGUGAUGGUCUUUUUAUAGAGAGAUUGAUUGAGAUUAAACGUCCAGAUCACGAAUUAAGUGGGUUCAACAUUGAAGGAAUUGAGUUUCGUCCUAAAAUAAUUGACUAA